CCAAGGGGUCUCAACUAAUGGCAAACUACUGGUCAGUAUUCAUGGACGAAACGGUUUGGCCCAAUCCUCAUGACUUUCAACCGAUGAGAUUUAUGGAUGACUGUGGAAACGUGAAAAAUGUCGAAGGAUUUAUACCAUUUUCGUUAGGCAAGCGUUCCUGUCCAGGAGAGAGUCUGGCCAGACCGGAGAUGUUCCUGAUCCUCACAGCCUUGGUGCACACUUUCACGUUCCACGUGCCCCAUGGAGAGGUGCUUCCGGCCCCAGUUGGUACCACCGGCUCUGUGUACGUGCCACCGAAGUUCAGCGUGUGUGCCCGACCAAGAUACUAAAAGUUACAUGAAGGACUAUUAGGGGUUUCUUCUUAACCUUAUUUAUAUCGGAAGUGGUCGUAAAAGCGUACAUGUUUUGUGUCAACUUUUUAUUAAACAUUAUUUUCCUGAGUUAAAUAAAGGGUAGUUGUAAUUUGGAUCUAAUUUCAAUAUCAAUCAGAUUUGGCCAACAAUUUCAAAGAAUGAACAAAGAGUGACAGAAAAAUUUUCAAUACUGUUUACAUGGUAUCACGUUCCCAGGCGCAAAAAAAAUUUAAUCAAACUCAUUCAAAGUGCGUCAGGUCCCAUGACAAUAACAUAAAUUUACAACGGUUUCCAGCACAAUGCAAAAAAUCAAGAAAACGCAUUCAAAGCGAAACAUGCAGUUCUCUUUUUUUCCUUAGCGAGAAUGCAAAUAUGACUAUUUAUGGUGAAAAGCAAACAGUGGCACUACAUUAGCAAGGUGCUUGUUAUAUGAUCACAACUGAC